GCGGCCCCGGGCUGAGGGAUCCCCGGGCCGGGCCGGGCCGGCGGAGGGCCUGAGGCCUGGAAACGUUUCCCGCGAGGCCCCUCGUCCUGUCCCCGAGGCCGCAGGACCGGCCUCUCAGGACCGGCCGCAAGACCUGCUUCAGGACCGGCUUCAGGACCGGCCUCCCGGCCCCCUCCUCCCUCCUCUCCCCAGGAAGGGAAUGAGCUCCAACCGCCCCAGCGCUCCCGGGGCCCCCGCCCGGGAACCAUUUUCCCCCUGCCGCCCGACAGCCUGAGCCGGGAUCCCAACGCCGCCGCCGCCGCCGCCGCCGGGACGCCCUCCGCCUCCAGGCCCAACGCCACAAACCUGCAACGCCCCCCCCCCAUCCCUCCCACACCCACCCCGGCGACCGACUCGGAAGUGACCCAGCCCCCGGUGGGUGUCAUUUUCCUCGGACAAGGACGGGAAACAUAUUGAAAACCAUUAUGGAGCGAUUUGUAGUAACAUCCCCUCCUGCUCGCAACCGUUCUAAGACUGCCUUGUACGUAACUCCACGGGAUCGCGUCACUGAGUUCGGAGGUGAAUUGCAUGAAGAUGGAGGGAAACUGUUCUGCACUUCCUGUAAUGUGGUACUGAAUCACGUUCGCAAGUCUGCCAUCAGCGAUCACCUCAAGUCCAAGACUCACACAAAACGGAAGGCAGAAUUUGAAGAGCAGGGUGUGAGGAAGAAGCAGAGGCCUCUGACAGCUUCUCUUCAGUGCAACAGUACUGCGCAGACAGAGAAAAUCAGUGUUAUCCAGGACUUUGUGAAAAUGUGCCUGGAAGCCAACAUCCCCCUGGAGAAGGCUGAUCACCCAGCUGUUCGUGCUUUCCUGUCUCGCCACGUGAAGAACGGUGGCUCCAUACCUAAGUCUGACCAGCUGAGGAGAGCGUACCUGCCUGAUGGAUAUGAAAAUGAGAAUCAGCUCCUCAAUUCACAAGAUUGUUGACCUGGAGGUUACACCCUUGUGAGCAAGACAAAAGAUGUGGAGUAUUAAAGUUAUGUAUUGAUUGUGUGGUUCAUUUUUAUAUUUAUUUCAUUAAAAUCAUGUGAUACUGCAUAGUUUUGCGAUGUGUAUAUAGCCGAGAAAGUGACAACCUCACUGCAGAAUUUACUGAUUUGUCACCAGUGACAGAUGCCUGAACGUUAGGUGUAGAGUGUGGUAGAACACCCGAAACCAGACCGUUAUCUAAAAUUGAUGGCUUCCCCUCAGAAAGCUUAUGCAUAGAAGACCUCUUCUAACUUUGUUUUAAUCUAUUAUGGCAUAUUUUUAAUGUUACCUGAUUUUUUUUUUUUUUUUUUGCCGGGCGGGAAGCAGGGGCACGGGGCACCGUGGCAAAGAAAAAGAGCAUAGAAAACUGUUGAAGCUAGUGUCAGUAAAAUUGUUUGUGCUCUGAACAAUCUCUGAUGGAACAGAAAUAUGAACUACUGUUGCCUUUGGUUUUUAUCAGUUUCAGGUGAUAUACUUCAAGGCCCCCGUGCCCACUCUAUAUGGGUCAAGACCCACACAGUUUUUUUUGAGUUGGACGUCCAGCCUUGGUCAUCCCAGGACUCUCACAAGCCUCGAGAGUUUCCAGUCAGGACUGUAAGGAUCCAAAAUAUUGGCUCUCUACUUUCUUGGAUUUACAGAGCCGGUCACUUCCUGGUCCUCGUCUUUCCUUAAUUCCUUGGGGCCUUUUGCCCCUCUCCAUCUCCCCUCCCCUGCAAUAAAAGGAAAAGUCAGCACCUCUGCUUCAUUUAUGGUUGUCAGCUAUCUUUUAUACUUCUCUCUUUUCCUCCUUGCUUCUAGGUUUCGUUUUAGUGGUACCUUUAAGUGAUCAAAUGACUGACACGUUUGUUUUGACCAGUGCCAAAAACCAGAGAGUUAGAGCAGCCUAAACUCUGAAUGCCAGUCAAGUUGAAUACACUUGAUAGUUUUGACUAAUACUACAUAAAGCAUGAUAUGCAAGCACAGUCGUUUUCCAUCUAGCUGAUCCAUUCGUUGGCUCUCAGAAAGCUUUUUUGCUAAGUGUCCUGGUUAUGGGUGAGUGGAAAGGCAUGCUUGCCAUUUGCAUCAAACUGGUGAAGGUUAAUGAUCUUGUUACAGAAUAAUGUUACACUGAGAAACUAACACUCCUAUCAUCUCUAGCCGGUCUCUCAGUUCAUAUUGAAAUUGACUUGAUUCAGUGAGCUUUUCUGUUUUUGAUCUUAAAUAGACAACUUCCAAAGACGUGAACUUCCAUUAGUAUCAGCUUCAUAUGAAACAUUGCUUCAAGUACUGCAAGGGUUUACCUGCCGUUGGUUGGAAAUUUAAAAAUGCAUUUCUUUGGCAACAUCUUACCAUGCAUAAAUGUGUUGGGGAAAAGCGAUCUGCCCCUUACAGGAGUUUAAGUUCUCUUGAGCCUAAGUAUCUCAGUGCGCCUGUCAAAAUUGCUCAGCAGCACUUCUGUAGAGUCCUCAUGCAGGCCAUGGGAGAACUGGAGUGUAUCCUUUUUUAAGUUAAUCACCUGCUAAUUCGAGCUGAUACUCUUUUUAAAGCCCUCUUAAAGUGCUUCAAGAUAUAUGUUAGAAACGCAUUUGCAGAAUUUUACCACUGUUCAUGUAUUGAAAUGAAAGUGAAAGUGUUGUCUUUAUUUUCAUAAUGUACACAUUUUACUGAUCUAGGAAAUAUGCUUUGUGUGAAGGUUAAAAAUCUAACUCCUUAAGGAAAUGCUAUCGAGUCGCUAAUCUGUUCAGUAGGGUCUUCAUAAUUUUCCUACAGAAUAAUAGUGUUUCCCCCAAAUGAACAUACUUCCUUGUAUUAAAAAAAAAGAAAAGAAAAAGUGUAGCACUUACAUGACUUCCAUAUUUGCUUUCCUCCCUAACUUGUAGUGAGCUAGCACCACGGAUUUUCCAAGCAGUGCUAUCGUUUAUGAAGCACACGUUAAGAACUUCACUAACCUCUGUGUUUUUAGUUGUUUUGCUAGGUAGUCAUGUUUAUUUUGGAGCAUCGAAGAGGAUCCUACAUAAAUCCAAGAGAUAAAUGAACAUCAUUCUAAGGAGCUGCUUUUUAAAAUUAUUUUCAAAGGAUGAAAUAGAAGAAUAGGUUUCUUCUUGCUAAGGAUAUGUAAAUCCCUGUAAUUUUUGUUCCUUCCAGUUUUUCAGUAUUCAUUUUACUUUAAAGGCAAACUAGUAGUGGCAGCAAGUUAAUCUUACAUUGAACGGCUUGAUAGUGUUUCUCCCAUUGCAAGUGCAAUCAGUAGGUAACAUUUCAGUUACAUGUUACUAUAUUAUUGUUACUCAUGGCUAAUUGAGUGAUUUUUUUUUUCCUUUAAGUGAUUGCCCAUGUUUUCAUGUACUUCAUUAGUCCCAUAACUGUCAUUAAUUACAUUUAUCAUAUUUAGGGUCAGGUCCCAUCUACAUGUUCCAAGGAUUAUAGGAAUGUACCUUUCGAGGCCUUUUCUUUUUUAACUUUAAAUGAUAGUUGAUGUUUUUAUGAUUAAGAAUUCUUUUUCCUUGAGACUAAGUUUACAUGGUCUCUGGGCUUAUAAAUAUAAGAUAAAUUGCUAAAAUGAUAACUUUUCCAAAGUUGGUACAAGUCAGUGAAACCAUUGUUGGUGUAAUGGAUAGAAUAAAAAGGACAUACCUGGAAGGCAUAUGCUGCCUGUGAGGUGUAUUGAAGGUUUUCUACAGUUCUUUCAACUUUAACUAUGUAGUGUUAGUGUAAUGCUAUACUCUUGAAGAAAUAGCCUUUUUCUAUUUCGUAAAUUGUAUGCAUAGUAUAAGAUUGGUUAAUGUUUCAUUUACAAACUGCCUUCAAGACAUGCUUACCUGUUAAUAGUAAAUGUUUCUCAAGUAUGAUAGUAUGUCUUCCAAAAAUUCAUUGUAUACUUAUAAUAAAUUGUUUACAUAUUGUUUAAAAAAGUAAGAGUCACUCUAGGGUUUCUCAUUCUGCAGGGAAUAAAGGAAAGCUGAAAGAUUCUGUAAACAUUUCUUAGAAGGGAAAACUCUAGGAGGCUUGGCUGUGGUAAAGAACCUGAGUGUUGAUUGUAUGUUUUUCAAAUGACCACCACUGAAUCUUCUGCAAAUGCCAUUUCUCAAAGAAUGUUUUUAACAUUAUUUAAACGGUCAAAUAGAUGACAAACUGGGACCAGAACAAAAUUUCCUUCAAAAUUCUGCACUUCACCCGAGUUCAAAUUCAGUAGCUUAGUCAACAAUUUGAGCUUGGGUUUUUUGGGUUUUUUUUCGAACAUCUGAAAAAUCUAAUCUUUUUCCACAGGUAGUACUGGCAAGAAUUUGAGAGAAAUUUUCCAUAUUGGGCUGAUUUUGAAAGUUUAUGUGGAAAAAUAAAAAUGUGCAAGUGGCCCCCAAAUUUUUUAAAAUCAAAUAAUUUCAUGACUAACUUUGGUCUCUCUUGAAUCCUGCAUUUUGACACUCCCCCAGUGUGAUCCAAAAAUCGCAUGAAUGCAUUAACCUCAACUAGUCAAACAGUUGCUGAAAUUUGCAGUUGAACUUCCAAUGGAAAGCUUUUUGGCUUCAGAUGACAACUAUGAAUGUUUCUAUUUUGGUCAUUAAUACAGUGAAGAGUGAAGUGGCUUUCUUAAACCCUGAUCUCUUUUAUGCCAUACUAUCGUAAGUUUCUGAAGGAAAUACAACUCUUAGUGAUAUUCUACUCGUAUUCAGAGUACUGUACUAAUAGUUUACUAUGUUCAUUUUGUACUCAAUGCUAUACUUUCUUUGCUCACGCAUGUAUCCUGAGUAUUAAUGUCUGUGUUGCUUUUAAAGUUUUGUCAGUCUGUGACUUUUAGAAAUAAAUUUUUAAAAAAAAAAUUGA